AUUCUUCCUCCCCGCCCCCCGCGCGGGCGGCGCAGGCGGCAGCAGGCACGAGGGCACGGCGGGGCUGCAGCAUGUGUGGGGCGGGGGCGCCGGGCCGGCCGCGGGCUCAUGCCUGCUGCGGGCACCCAGCCCCGCAAGAGCCGCUUUGCCAGGGACAGCUCUCGCGCCUGGUGUUGCCUUGCCUUGCCUUGCCUUGCCCUGCCCUGUCCUGUCCUGCCCCUCUCCCCCCCUCCCCCCUCCAAGCUCUCCCCCCGCCUGAGCUCAGUCACUGGGAUUGGUUUCAAAUGACGCCAUCUCUUUAUUUUUACACCAAUGACCUCAUCCCAGCAGCUUGAAGUUUACUGACCAGCAAAACUCUUUCUCUCUCUCCUCCUCUUCCUUGUGUCUGUUUGUUCUAACUAUUUAUUAGUAAUUGUUUGGGUCCUUUUAGAAACCCCAAGCUUUUUCCUCCUUUAUUCCCUCCCCCCCCGCCCCCCUCCCCACUUCAAUUUUAUUUUCAAGUCAACUUUUUUUUUGGGGGGGGGGGAAGAAAAACUCCCAGGGUUUCCUUCUUCUUCCCCCCCCAGCACCCAGAUUUGCCCCCUUUAAAAAGAACAGAAUAAGGAUUUUUCUUUUAAAGAAGAAGGAGCAGAGAGAGAAGAGAGCUUCCCAGCGCCUGGAAGGAGAGAAAGUUGAUUCUGGCAGCAGCGAAGAGGCUGGUGGCAACUUUUGUCCCUACCAAGGAAACACCAAAGAGAGAGAGAGAGAGAGAGAGAAAGGGGGAACACAUUCUGCAAGUUGAUUUGAAGCUCCAUUCAAGUUGUCAGUCAUUCCAGGGACAAGCCUGGCAGGCUGUGCGCUCUACCUGGGCACUUAAUGGCAGAGGAGAUCAAUGCAGCUUGGAAAGGUGGUUCCCCUUUGCUGGCACCUGUGUGUGUGGAUCAUCCUCUCACCUAGCCCAUGUAGAAUCUGGCUUCUUAGAUUUGGGCACUUAGUCCAGUGCAAAUCUGGUGGUCUGGAGCAAAGGUAAAGAAUGAUGUAAUGCAGUGGCAGCCCAAAAGCAUCUUUUGUCUGAAUUGUGAAAUGGCUACUCCAUAGUCAUCUCCUGAUGAAUCAGAAGCGAGAGGCUGCUUUGUGAAAUGAGUCCUUUGUAACGGCACAUCAACUGCAAGCAGAAGGAGACAUUCAUUUGGAGGGCUCUUUCUGAAAAUGGGUUUAACUUUUCUUUUGCCAGUCACUACCAGCAUGACCUCAUACACUUCCAGUACAAUGGGGUAGCUAAGCCUUUGAGUACACAGCCAUUACAUCAUCGCUGCAAAUUAGAGGGAGGUGGUAAGAGGCCUUAUUGUUGUCAUGGCCGAUGAGAUGAUCAGGACUCAACUUAUUCUUGCCGAGAGGUUGGUGGCUUUGCUAGAAAGUGGCACAGAACAAUUGCUUCUGAUUGAUAGCCGCCCCUUUGUGGAAUACAACACAUCCCACAUCUUGGAUGCCAUCAAUAUCAACUGCUCCAAGCUUAUGAAGCGGAGGCUGCAGCAGGACAAAGUGCUGAUUACAGAGCUAAUUCAACACUCGGCAAAACACAAGAUUGAAAUUGAUGGCAAACAAGAGGUGGUGGUGUAUGACCAAAGUUCAAAGGAUGUUGCCUCGCUUUCAUCUGACUGCUUUCUUACUGUGUUGCUGGGGAAACUGGAGAAGACUUUCAGUUCUGUACACCUGCUUUCAGGUGGCUUUGCUGAAUUCUCCAGCUGUUUCCCUGGCCUCUGUGAAGGAAAAUCUAUUCUAGUUCCUACUUGUAUUUCUCAGCCCUGCUUACCAGUCUCUAACAUUGGGCCAACUAGAAUUUUGCCUCAUCUUUAUCUUGGUUGUCAGCGAGAUGUCCUCAGCAAGGAGCUGAUGCAGCAGAAUGAUAUUGGUUAUGUUUUAAAUGCCAGCAACACUUGUCCAAAGCCUGACUUUAUCCCAGAAUCCCAUUUCUUGAGAGUGCCAGUGAAUGACAGCUUCUGUGAGAGAAUUUUGCCUUGGUUGGACAAGUCAGUUGAUUUUAUAGAGAAAGCAAAAGCAUCAAAUGGGCGAGUUUUGGUGCACUGUUUAGCUGGGAUAUCACGCUCGGCCACAAUUGCUAUUGCAUAUAUCAUGAAGAGGAUGGAUAUGUCUUUAGAUGAAGCCUACAGGUUUGUGAAAGAGAAAAGACCAACCAUUUCCCCCAACUUCAAUUUUCUGGGUCAGCUUUUGGACUUUGAGAGGAAGAUAAAGACCCAGGCUGGGCAGCCUGGCCCAGUCAGCAAGUUGAAGCUGUUGCAUUUGGAAAAAAGCAGCGAGCACGGACUGAUCCCAGACAGUGGCCAGAGCAGUGGCGCCUCCCCUACUCAGCUCUGCACUAACUCUACCUCUGGGCCUGCAGAACAGAAGCCACUGGACUCCGGAAGUCUUUCGUGCUCGCACUUGGUGUCUUUAGAGGAUAGCUCGCUGGUACAGGGCCUAAAUGGACUCCACGUGUCUCUGGACAAGGUAGAGGACAGCAAUAAACUGAAGCGCUCAUUUUCUUUGGAUAUCAAGUCAGUGUCCUACUCAACAAGCAGCAGCUGUGUGACUGCAUCAGUGCAGGGCUUUGCCUCGUCAGAGGAUGCUCUGGAGUAUUACAAACAUUCAACGGCUUUAGACGGCAGCAGCAAGCCGUGCCAGUUCUCCCCUGUCCAGGAAGUUUCGGAGCAGACACCCGAGACCAGCCCUGAUAAAGAGGAAGCCGAUCCUCCUGAGAAAUCCCAGAAUGCCUGGCAGCCGGACAGCCAGAACAAGCGGCAGCACAUGGGAAGGCCCAGCAGCAACUCCAGCACCGCCCAGCGGUCGCUUCUGUACCCACUGCAUCGGAGUGGGAGCAUGGAAGACAACUAUAGAACAAACUUCCUCUUUGGCCUUUCCACAAGUCAGCAGCACUUGGCAAAGUCUGCUGCUGGGCUAGGCCUCAAAGGCUGGCACUCUGAUAUCUUACCACCUCAGACCUCCACCACAUCCCUCACCAACAGCUGGUAUUUCGCUACAGAAGCCUCACACUUCUAUUCAGCAUCUGCUCUAUAUGGGAGCAGUGCCACUUACUCGGCCUACAGCUGCAGCCAGCUGCCCACUGGUUGCGACCAAGCCUGUGCUGUGCGCAGGAGGCAGAAACAGAGUGACAGAGGUGAUUCGAGGCGCAGCUGGCAUGAGGAGAGCUCCUUCGAGAAGCAGUUCAAGCGACGGAGCUGCCAGAUGGAAUUUGGGGAGAGCAUCAUGUCAGACACCAGAUCCCGUGAGGAACUGGGGAAAGUGGGCAGCCAGUCAAGCUUUUCAGGCAGCAUGGAAAUCAUUGAAGUGUCCUGAGCAAUGACAGGCAGCCGUGACCAUAUAGCUGAGUUGGUGUCCUUGUUGUUUAAAAUAAUUUCCCUGUAAAUCUGAAUUUUUUUUUUUUUUUUGGUUAAAAAGGAGUGGGGCUUCAGUGUGACGGCAGUGAAUAGAUUUCUAUCUAUAUAAGAUAUAACAAACUAAUAUCCGCACUGGGGAGCCAACGGCCAGAUCACGUUCCACUUGGUGGGUGCCUACGUGGGAUUCAGUUCCACCAGGUUUGAAUUCUCUAGAAAUAUUGCAAAUGCAAAGGUGGGUGGAUCAUCAUCAUCCUCACUCCUAAGGGGAUGGUGUAUUAUGACAGGAGAUGAGGUAAUGGCUUUGCAGGGACUCCAGAGGGAUGGAAUGGGAUUGUCCUUAGGCCUAUUUGGUGGAAUAGGAUCUGGUCUGACUGUCAUCUUUUUUUCUCCCCCUCCCCUAAAAGUGGAUGGGCAGAUGUUUCAAAAGGUUGGGGGUUUUUUGGUAAUUUUUGGUAUUUUUGUUUGUUUGCCUAACAGGUAAAGCGAUUUUGUUUGUUUGUUUGUUUUUGUUUUAAAUAUGCGAUGAAUUGCACAUCCUUGAAACCCUUUUGUUCAAAGGAAGCUUUCUUGGCAGCAGGCCAUCUCCUUGGCUCCACUGAGACACAUUACUAAAAAGCAAAGCUAGUUCUUUCCUCUCCCCCUGCUCCCCAAAUCUUCAACAAUGCACCUUAGCCCUGAGACUGAGCCAACUUCUAGAGGGAGACUAUUUUUCUUCAGGACAGUGACUAGUAGUGAAUCCAAAAAAAAUAAGUGACCAAUCACAGUAAGGCUGGUCUGAAAACCAAGUUGAGACAAUGUACAUACUGAUGUAACUAUCAUUCUAAUGGACAGGAUUUAGGUGACUGGAUAGGGAGCUGCUGUAGAGGGGGGGGAAAAAACAGUACCUCAAAAAAUAAACCUAGGGCUUUCAUAAUUGCUGGCCUCUGGGUGUUGGGUCAUAAGCAAUGUGAAUAAGUAGAUGACUAGCCAUGUUUUGAGGUUGAUUUCAAGCUGUCUAUGCACAGGAUUUUUUUUGUUUUUCAGUUAGCUGAGAAAAGUGGUUAAAAAUCCAUCUUCUCAAAAUAGGCCAACUACCCUCUUGAUUUUUAAAUGAAAAAUAGAGAGGGGUUUUUGACAUUGGAUAUGACAUUGGAAAACUGGCUUUUGAGGGGUAGACCUGUUUAUCUCUAAAGGUGAGAUUAGAAAAAGGAACUGAAUUACUUGGUGGCUGGCAGAGUAGUUAAUGCUGGGUGCAAAUAGAGGAGGGAAGGGGAAGGUUGAUACUUUUCUCCCACACUGUUUAGGAGGUGGGCAAUGUAUUCCACAAUGUUGCCCAAGCCCAAAAGAUUUUUACGUGGAUAAACUCCCCUUGCACAUCCUCAGUCCGUCAUAUCAACUGACUUCAGUUGUUAAUACCAAUUUUUUGUAUUUUGACAGAAAGAAGCCCUACUAGCCUGAAUGGUCCAGGAUAGAACACAACAUUAAGCUCUUUCCCCCCCCCGCCCCCGCCCCCUCCAAAUGUUAUUUCUUUAAUGGAAAAUGUGUUUACUUCCAGCACUCUAUCCUAAAGCAGUCCCCAUUGGGCCAGUGUUGUUCUGGGUCCCAAGGCUAGUUUUGUUUUUUGUUUUUUUUCCCUGAUGUGCUAAUAAAAUAUGGUAUUACUGAUGGUAAGGAUCCCAGACCCUGAGACUGCCAUCCUUGUUGCUGGCUGGUCACUCUUUUUAGAGGCAAAGACGCAUCAAGAAUAUCUCAUUUAGGGAUUCUCUUGACAUGUCCCUGCUGGCAGAGGGGGCAGGGACACUUUCAGGGUGCCUUCAGCAUUGUGUUUUUGCUUGGCAAGGGAGAAAAACCACUGUUUUUGCUCCAGCCCAUGAUUCCUGUGGGAUGCUGGCUGCCACUUCCCCAGGCCACUCUGUGAGUUGCUGUAAAUCUUGUGAGGAAUUAACAACAACAGAGGCCCAAUAUUAUGCUUCAUUGUUCAGUCCUGCAUUGACACAUGAUAAUUCUUUAUAUCUUUGCCAGUGUCUUUCAGUGCAUACGUGGCAUUGUGGGUGUUGAGGGGCAGGAGAGAGAUGUGGGCUGCAAUGUUUGUACAAUUUCAGUGCAGGCAGCUGAAAAUAUAAAACAAGUAUAAUAAACUAUGACUUAACUGCUUUUUGAAGAUGUUGGCUAAGGUUUUUUCAGCAAAGAUCUGGUAGUCACUGAAGCCCUAAAUAAGUCAGCGGCUUGUUUUGUUUUACUGUAAGUGUAGCUAGAUGGUGACUCAAAUCUCAGGUUUUACUAUAUCGAAAAAAGGACAGGAUUUUGUCUGUCUGUCUGUCAUGGUUUUGUUUUGGGGUUUUUUUUGUUUUUGUUUUUUGUUUUUCUCUUUGUGGCUAGGAUGUGACUUCAAUUUCCUAUGGUGGACUGUUUAAAACUAGUACUGAGAGAAAGCUACAAAGUUGAUUAACUUGAUCCUAAGGAGCAUGAGAGAGACAAGAGAGACAGCAACAGAAGUGGUUGAACAUAUAAGAUUCAUUUGUUCCAUGUGUAUGAAAUGCAGGGAGAGAGGGUGGUUUGGGUCAGGGGUAGGUUGAUACCACAUUGCAAAGUAAGACGGGUCUUGGCUCUCCAUUUAAGCAUAUUGCCACUGUAUGCUGAUAUAUCAAGUGAAAAUGACUCUGACAACUGUUUUAGCCUGUACACACACUGUAUGUGCACAAUUUAUAGAAAUUAAAGUAUUUAAAGAAAUCCCUAACAGAGAAGAAAAACUCUUUUGCAGCUGAAAUCUGGGCUUGACUUCUCUUGAUUUCUAGCAUCCUCUGAAUCGGUGAAGCAAGGACAGGGUGCUAAAGGCUCAGCACUUGUGUAGGCUGGGUCCUUUUAAGCACAUGGUGGAGAAGAGAGCCUGGAGCUUGUCUGGUCUGUGGGUGGCUGGUACCCUAUCUCAUUUGUACCUGAAUGAUGCUGGAAAUGGUUUAAGAAGUUUGGAAAGUGAGGUGGAGGAUGGGGGGAAGAAAUGUGUACAUGUUUUAAUUUGAAUAUAAUGUUCUUUUGGCGUAUGGCAAGCUGUUUAAAUGGUUCAAAGAGGUGUGAGUUUCUCAUCUUGUGUUAUGAGCAUUACUUGUACGUUAUGAUGAAAUAAAAUUGGACGUGGUACCUGUUUAUAUAGAAUGGCUGAGAAGAGCUGUUUAUAAUCAGCUGUAGAACAUACAUGCCACGUCCAGCUUAAAAUACAAUA